AUGUAUAGCCGACUCAAAUCUUCGUUUCUUCAUCAUUUCAAUAAAUCGCCAAAUGAUAUGUCAAAAGAGGAUAAGAAAAGGUAAAUUUUAAUUUUUAAAAACAUUUGAAAAACUCACUGUUUCAAAAUGUGUUCGUAAAUUUGGAUAAAAAAUGUUCUUCUGGCAUUUUGAACAUUUUCACAAAAAUAAUUCGAAAUUCGCAAAUCUUCAGAUUUUUUCUGAAUUCAAAUAUUAAAAGUCCUGAAAAUUUGAAUUUUUGAAAUAAAAAUAUACGGUUCCAAAAUUUCUCGAAUAUUUUUUCUGUUUUCCAUCUGGCUUUAUUUUUAAAAAUUCACUGUUUCAAACAUUUUCAAAAGGAGAAAGUGUUUUAAAAUAAUUAUUGCCGCCCAUAACAGCUCAAUAAUGUUUUCUAGAAUUUUUUGUUCAAAAAUCAAAUUUUUCUGAAAAAUUGGUAGAUAAAAUGUUUUAUGUCAACCUAGUUUUAUUUUUUAAAAAUAUACUAUUUCAAAAUUGUUUGAUAGGGAAACAUAUUUUUAUUGAAUCGUUCUUUCUUGUGUUCUUUCAUAGUCUUUCUACAAAGUUUCCCAGUUUUUUUUUUUGUUGAAAAAAUCAAUUUUUUCUGAAAAUUUAUUUUUGAAAAAAAUCCAAUAAACUCUGAAUGAAUUACACUUUUUCAAAGAUUUCUCGAAAUCUAUUAAUAAAUAAGUUUUUCUCUUCCAAACUUUUUAUUUUAGAAAAAUCUACUGUUUCAAAAUUGUUUGAUAUGAGAAUAUAUUUUUUUUAAAUUCAUUAUACUCCAUAGACUGUUAAUUCAACCUCCUAGAUAUUUUUUGUUAAUAUUUUGCUGUUUCGAAAUUUUCUUAUAAAGAUUGUUCAUUGUGGAAAAACAUUUGGAAUCUGGUAUCUUGCUAUAUUCUUUGAAAAAAAACAUAGUGAACAUUUUUGUUCCAAAAAUUCAUGAAUAUUUCGAUUUUUUUUAAAUUCCGCGUAAUUCUCAAACUUGUAACUUGUCAAAUCAAUGUUCCUCCUCCUCCCUCAUUCCUCCAACUAUCUACUCAUUAUUUCGGUUGUUUCCAGAUUGCGACAUUCGUUGGCCGCAUGCCAACAACUUGGCUCCGCCCCUUUCCAAACAAGCCCCGCCCCUUUAGCCGAACAAGAAAUCGGAACAGAAACUGAUCAAACUUUUUAUUCGCAAUUAACUAAUACAACUAGACAUAGUUGUUCGAAUUACGAAGAUUAUUCAUAUUUUGAUUUGAAUCGACUUGAAGAGCAAUCUUUUGAGCAAGAAGACGACUUUUUGAGCAACUGUAACAACAACAACAACGAAGAAAUAAUGCCACACUUUGCUUUGUCAUGGAAUGUUCAGGUUAGUUUUGGGAAACAUUUUGAUAAAAUAAGAAAAACAUCAUGGAUCUGAAAGUCAUUUUCCUGAAAUUAACUUUAUCAAAAGUAAUUUGGGCAUAAACGUUUCCAAUUUUGAAAAGCAAAAAAGUUUUCGGUAAAGAUAAAAAUUCGAAAAUAAUAUGCUGGAUUUUUAAAGCUUUUUCUCAAUUUGUAGAUUCAUUUGAAAAAAAAAGUUAGUUUUUCAAGGCCCAUGUUUGCCACUUUAAAAUUUUCCUCGAAAAAAUCUGGAAUUUUUGUGUUAGAAAAUUUUGAGAAAAAGUACCACGUGUAUUUGUGGAAUUGCAAUUUUUCUUCUCCAAAAUUUGAUCACAAACACUAACUUUUUUAAAAAAUAAUGUUUACAAUUUGGCGCCAAAAACAUCACUAAAUAUUGCCCUCAAAAAAUUUUCCCAGCGCAAUAAUCGUAAUAAGCACUCAUUAUUCUUAUUAUUUUUCUACUCAUCAUAAUAAUAAUUAUUAUUAUUACCACACCCUAAAUAUAACCUUUUUCUGCACCUUCUUCAAAUUCUACACCUGUUACUUAACCUAUCUCUGCUGCUCUCUCGAUUUUUCAUACUCUCUCGUCUUUUCGCAGCUGAUCAAAAGCAAAGCUGUUAGCAACAAAAUAAAAAGAUGAGCCAGCCCCAAAAAUAGAGUAUCAGGUUUCAAUUUUUGAAUUCUUCUUCCUCAUUGUUGUCCUCUGCCGAUUUACAACUUUUUAUUGUUUUUGGCGAGGAAAAUUGAGAGAAAGGAGUUGUAAAUUGGGGUCGGAGGAUUGUAAAAUUUGAGCUUGAGGAUUAGGCUCGAGGAAAUUGGAAAAUUAUGUUUUUGAAUAAAAAGGAGAAGGAAAUAAUUAGGAAUCGGCUUAUUUCUGGAACAAUAGAUUUGGAAUCAGACUUGGAUUAUUUUCGAAUAAUGUAUCAAAUUGGGGUUUCGAAAAAAUUAUUUUUUGUUGGCUAAAAAUUUUUUUCUGAAACCCCACAGUGAAACGUUAUUUUCCAAAAACCCAGAUUCAGGAAAUUCUAAAAUAUUAAAAAAUUUUCCGGGGCUAUGAGUUGAAGUUUUCGUACAUUUUAUUAUUACCUAUUUGAAUAUUUUGAAACGUAUUUUUUCAGUGAAAGUGGUUUUUUUGGAAAAUUUUAAAAUUGUUAAUUAAAUUUAUCUAUUUAAUCGUUUUCUAUCGUAAAUUUUCGAAACUGAAAACAUUUUAGCUCUAGAUUUCUGAUGUUACGGGGAUAGAUGAUAAUAUCAAGGGUUGAACUCGAAGUUGUUUUUUCUCAAACCCAUAACAGCAAAUUUUGAAACAGUAGAUAUUUUGUAUCUAUUCUUUCCUAUGAAACCCAAUCCUCAAAUUAAUCCUCAUCAAAUCUUCUUCUUUUUCUUCCUCCAAUCCAAUAUUUACCCAAUUCUCGGCUUACAACAAAACCAUGUCAAAGUGUGUCAAGUAGUUGUCCAGCGGACCAUCGGACACAGUUUCGUUAAGUUCAAGUGCUCUUUGUUUAUCUUGAAAAAAUCCCGAUGUUUUUGAAUCGGGUCUGAUUGCCUAGAUAACUGAAUCAGAACAGGACCGCCAGAUUUUUGUUGAUAACGAAGGGCCGAUCCGAAAAUCCACAUAUUUUUUUAACAAAAAUAUUUGAAAAAUUGUUUUCAGUACAUUGGCUCGUUUCCAAUCUCAAAUGUAUCUGCGGAUCAUAUUGGACAACGCCUUGAGAAAUUUCAACCAUCAAAUUUGGCACAAAAUGUCGAAUUAUCGGUUUCACUUCUUGGUGUCAGAGUUUGCUGUGAGCAGGUAUGUUUUUGAAAAUAUUUGAAUUAGUUUUCUCUUUCAAAAAAAAACUUCAAAUAGAAAAUUUGUGUUGUUUCCCAUUGAAUAGAGUCGUAAUGAGUGAUGCAAUUCAUUAUUUAGUGACAUAAAAAGGAGAGGUUCAAAAAAGGCGGAAACAUAUAAAAAAUGAUUUGAAAGAGGUUUGCCCGAUGACAUGAUGAACCUCAUAAAAAUGCGAUGCGAUGAAGAUCGUAAAAAAUUGACGGGGAAUAUAGAAAGAGAAAAAAGGGGGAAGAUGACAUUAAUUUGACUUGGAAGAACAAUAUCAAAUAGAAUGUUUUUGAAACAAAUAUUUUCGAAGAGUAGAAGAGAUUUUUUCUAGGUCUUUUGAAACAGCAAUUUUUUGAACAAAAUUGUUUGUUUUUUGAAACAGUGAAAAAAUUCAUUGGAAAAUUUUCAAAUUUUAGUUUCUUUCGCCAUAAUAACUGUUCAUUUCAUAAAUAUUAUAAUUUUUUGAAACAGCAAAAAAUAUCUUCAAAGUAUUACACUUCUAGUUUUCAUGUUUUAUCAAAAAUAUUAGAAAAAGCAAAAAUGUUUCACUCUCAACCUCCCAAAAAUAUGGUAAAUUUCUCGAAACAGCAAAAUUUUCAAAUAUAUCCGCCUUGCUAAUAAAUUACCUCACAAUGUCCAUAAUAAAUCGGUAAAAAUCAAAAAGUCUCUAUUGUUCUUUUUCCUUUUUUCGAACACAUAGUAGAUUACCGUAUGUCGCGCAACACACAUGUUCCUUUACAUUAUUAAUGAAGCGAAAAAAUGAGCAAUGGAAUUUGUGCCGACAACACACACAUUCAUAUUUAAUUGCCAGAAUUAUUUAUGUAUUUUUUUUAUUGUAUUCAAAUUCUUUUGACAGGUUUCAAACAUAUAUUUGAAACAUGUAAUUUUGAAUGAUGAUGAGAGAAAAAUAAGAAGAAGACAUGUCAUGUUUAAUUACGCAAUAUUGUUUUGGCGAGGAAACAACUGGGGGAUAUGUUUCCGAUUUUUGACAGAUAAGAUUAAUUAAGUUUGUUUGGUUCAAGGUUGAGGAUGAGGAUAGAAUAGGUUACCCAACAAUCUGGUAGAAUCACAUUUUUCAAAAAGCAAAAAAAGAACCAAAGGUUAUUUGAAUUGUUGCCAGAUGAUUGUCAAUUUUGAUUGAUUAUCUUACUAUUUUUCUGGGGAAGAUUUGGAUUCAAAUAUUGGUUUCUGAUCGAUCCCUACGUUUUUUAUCAUUCCGCCCGGAACAGACAAUUUACAUAUCGUUGAUAAAAUUAAACGUGAGAAAAAGUUGUAAUGUAGCAAUUUGGUGUGUGAAAAUAGGCCGGAAAAGAACAUUUUGAAUUUUGGGUUACUGUAGCUUUUGAAGUUAUAGUUAUAAAAACAAUAUGUGUCUACAGAAUUAGAGGUCUACAGUAAUCGCAGCUGCAAACGAUUUUUUCCGAAUUUUUUUGUGUGUAAUUUCUGUCUGAGAACAUCAUGUCUAAAAACUAUAAUAAUAAAUACUGUAAUAUAGUUUUCUCCAGAAAAACUCUGCAAACCAAAAAAAAUUGUUUCAAAAAUUCACUGUUUCAAAACUUUCAUGUAAAUCUGGGUGUUAAAUUGCGGGAAUAAAAAAAAUAAUUUUGGAAAGCUUACAUUGUUAGUAUUAGCUCUAUUAAAAAAAUUAAGAAGUUCAGUUGUGAGUGUUGACAAGUUUACAGUUUCAAAAUUCUUUAAAUAAAAAUUGGCUUUUAGAAAUCGAAGAUUCUCUAGUGAUUUCCAGAAAAUUUUUUCUCAAAAAUUCACAGUUUCCGUUUUUUUCAAUUAGAUCACACCUGACGAGACUUGUCCAAAAUGGACACUGUACUAAAAUUUUCAAAGGUCACACUGUACAUUUUUUUUUCCGAAAAACGUGUAGUUUUCAUAGAUUUUCAGCCGAUUUUGAUGAAAAUUUUCAAAAAUUCAAAAUUUCACGCUGCACAAAUUUUUUUUUGCAAAAUUUCCACGCUGCACAAAAAUUUUAGGACACUCUCUCGCCAGGUGUGAAUUAGAUUUUCUAUAAGCAUCUCAAAACCAAUUUGACUCAAAUUUAUCGUUAGAACGUUUCACUGUUUCAACAUUUCCAAAUUAGAAAGGUUUUCAAUAAAUUGGAUUAUUUAAGAACAAAAAAUAAAGUUUCUAUAAUUUCCAGCAAACAUUAUUAUAUUUUUCCAGACAAUGAUAAUGUCUCAUUCAUUGCGGCGAGUUUGUAGUGUUGUCGGUCGUCCGAAUUCCAAACAAGUUGCAUAUAUUGCAUUAGAACCAGCCGGUCGAACCUAUCGUCGACUUUGUCAUGUUUUUCAAGCCGCCGACAAAUAUCAGGUAAGCCUUUCUUUACCACCCACUGUGAAAACUGAAGAUUUUUAUCUAUCUUGUUAGAUGAGGUUGUACUUUUUCUUCGUUCCUCGUCCAACAUGAUUUAUGUGACGAAAACGAAUCUUGAAAAUGAAAAUGAAAAAAAAAGUUUUGUCCCACUUUUUCAUUUUCUUUUCAACAGUGUUUUUUCUGUCAUUCUUUUCAAAUAUUUUUUUUGGUAUUGUUUUGCAUUGUCAAAGGUCACAAAUUGGUUGUUGUUCAGACCAUUAGGCACCGUUUCGAAGUCACACACAUAAAAUCAAAAGAUUUACGAUUUGAAAAGGAGAAAUAAUGUCAAAUUUGACAAGAAACAGGGAGAAUUUUGGUGAAUCGAGAGAUUUAUGAUUAUAGCCUUUUUUGUUGCCAAAGGUGACGGAAAUUGAAAUUGCGUUGAUUUAGGAAUUGUAAAUGAGUUUAGGAAGUUAAGAUAUAACUGAAGAUUUUUGGAAUUCUAGGCCACGUGGCAGAUUUGCACUGGAAAUUUCUCGAUUUUGCGGUUGUUGAAGUAAACUUUGUGAAUAUUUUCAAAAUGUUCGUAUUUUCUGCACAGAAAUUGUCAAAUAGUUACCUAAUCUCCUGAUAUUCGAUUUUCGAAGACUUCAAAAUUUUUACGGUUUUCCUAAUUCUCCGGUUUUUGAGAAUCUUGAUGUUCUCUUUGUUCAGAGCUUGUUCAUAUUUGGAACAAAUUCCCAAAAAAAUAUCAAAAAAAAAUUCUCGGAAAUUUUUUCUGAAACCAUUUUGAAACGUAUUUUUUGUUGUUCCAAGCGAUUGUUGCUUAUUAGCAAAAAAUGUACAGUUCUCUCUUUUUUUUUCAAAUUCCUCAUUUUUCUCAAACAAAAGCUGGACACACAAAGAGAAAGAAAAAGUCAUGGAUGAUUCAGAAAAAGGCGGUUUUUUGUUACCUUUUUUUGAAGGUUGGGUGGUCGAGAAAAACACUUUUGUACUCAUUCAAAAACCCUCUGAACUAUCUAUAGUAUCUAGUAUAAAAUGUCAUACUGUUCAAAAGAAUAAUAAUGGGAAGAGAAAAGAGUUGACACAUGUCAGACAAAAAACAGUAAAGUGAUAAUAUAAACAUUGAGAGUUGAUUUAUCGACUAGAUUCAUCUAUUUGAUAACAAGAACCAUACAUUGUGUUUGUUUAUUUCUUGAUGAUUUAGUUAGUGAAAGGUGUGGAUAGGAUUGACACUUUCUUGGUGUUAAUUUUCUGGUUCGUUUUCUGGCGCCACAUUGGCGCCUGCCAUUGGCAUCCUCGCUUCGUUUUUUUCUACACCUAGUUAAAAACACCAUUAAUGUUUUUUUUUUUCUGCGCCAUCGUCGCACCAUUUCGUUUUAUAUGAAUUUUAUUGAUAUUUAUGUACACGCUUGUUUUUUAUGGUGUUCUUUCGCUUUUUUGAAUAUGUUAGAGUUUUUUGAAUUUGUUUUUUUUUUCAUUUAGGAAAUUAUGAGACAUGAGGUUUUUUUUGGUUCAAAUUAGAAUCCCACAAAUUUUGAGGAGAAUUAGGAAAAUAUUAGAGCAACGCUUUUUCUUCUAUGUUUUUUUCAAGCUCUGUUAGAAGUUAUUUUUUUUAAGAGAUGCAGUUACAAUAGCAAAAAUUUUAAAAAAAAAAUUUCUAUAUUUUUUGAAACAGUGACUUUUUUCGUUAGCUCUAUUUGUUUAAUUACUGUUUCUAAUUUUUGUUACUCAGAAAACGUCUCGUCAACCGUCCGCGAGCCGGCAGACGGCCGUCGAAUUCUGAUACUAAUUUGUCAGUUUGCUAGCUCGCAGACAGCGUCUGUUAGGUUCUGCCAGCUAGCAACCUCGCGGCGAGCUGUCGAAAUGCCUCUGCUAGCUUUCGACAGCUCGCAACCUCGCGGACGGCUGACGAGACGUUUUCUGAGUAUAUAUACUUUUUUGAAAAAAACGUUCGUUUGGUCUGUGGAAUAAAAAAUCUGAAUGCUUGAUUAUCUCUGACACAAAUCCAAAAUUCCUGAACAUAUUUCUUGAACCCUAUUUUCUUUUCUAUUCCUAGCCAUUUUUCAAACUCAAACAUCUGUGACCACAAAUCCCAUCUCAAUUCUUCAAUUUCCCCCACAAUUAGUCAAUCAAUCAUCAUUCGAAUAAAAAUCGUGUAAAACCGCACUCAAUCCAAUCCAAAUCGACUCCAAAAAAAUGUUCUUUUUUUCCUCAUUUUCUACCCCAUUACAAGUCUGGCUAACAUUUCCUCUUUUUUCUCUUUCACAUCUGUCUACAGAUGUUCCUUCUUCAUCUAUUCAAAAAAAACAUUGAAGCGGGUGAUAAAACGAAGAGCCGCGCGGGCAAAAAAUGAACACUUGUUCGGUUUGUGAACAAAUUUUUAUGGACUUGCACUUUUACUUUUCAUUUCGAAUUCAACCAAAAAAUAAUGAGAAGAAGUGUGAAGAGUUUUCUAUAGAUACUGAUCUAUCUUUUUUUCGUUUUACAUAACCCCAAUUAGAUUUUUGCUGGCUGGUGAGAAAUGGUGCCAGCCCCCCGCCGAAAUCAGAUUGGAAUUUGUCCAAAAUCAGAUAACCCGCGAGUGAGCGCUUUUCUCGUUUUCCGCUGUUCGCUUUUUUGUCCAAUGAAUAAUGAAUGAGUGAGAAACACGAUGUACAUAUAGUUAACCCAGAGAAAAUUGAAUCUCUGGAGAAUUUGUGAAAUGAUUUUUGGGUGAGAUAAGGAGAAUUUGACUUGUUGUGGUUUCUAAUCUAAUUGAGAAAUACAUUUUCGAAAAUUUUCAGAAUUUUACUGUUUCAAAUCUCUCGCGUUAGCAAGCUACUGUUAUUUUUUUUUACGAUUUUCCGGAACUAUCAAAUUUCAUAGAUAGACGUUCACUGUUUUCAAAUCUUCAUAUGAUUUUUGAUUCUCGGCAAUCUUUGAUAAUUGAUAGGUUUCUAAUAGUGAUACAUCUAGAAUUCGACGGUAAAUUUUGUUUAUUUUUUUCAUUUUUCACUCUCAAAAUUGCGGCUUUCAUUUUCCAAAAAAUAUAUAUUUCAAAAUUGUAUUUGAAUUGAGAAUUCUGUAUCUCAUUGAUUGAUAUUAAUUUGUCCUUUGUGGAAAAACUGACUACUUGUGACACUGUAUGAAAAUAUUUUUUUGCAGAUCGAAGAAAUUGAAAACGUGUUGGGUCAAGCGUUCGAGGCUCAAACUUUGACAAAAUCCGACGCCUCUUCGAAAACUCCGAAACUCGUUGAUCGAAAUAGUAGUACGGUGAGUAGUCUUGAGAGCCGAAAAAGGGAAUGUACUUUUUAUUUCACUUUUAUAUUCUCUCUACAUUUUGUAACCUUCGGGUCUUGCAAAUCCUAAAAACCUAUAACCUUAAUCUCCAAUUUCCCAAUGUUUUUUUUUAUUUUCAACAGCUUAGUCAUAAGGUCUUAGAGUUCCUAAAUUUCAAACUCCUGGCUUAACAUCUGGAGGAUCUUAUAACUGUAAGAUUCGAAAACCAUGAGCUUUUAUAUUCUCAAGACUGAGAACUUCAAAGAGUUCUAACCUUUUGACCUUGAUUCCCAAAAAAAUCUGAAAAUGUUGUUGGUUUCACCUGUUCCGGACUGAGUUGUAAACCGUGACCGCCAAAAAAACACAAAACAAUAAUAAUCUCAAAAGCGGCUAUCAAUCAAAAAUCUUGCCCACAAAUCCCAUUUUACAAGCCUCGGAUCGAGCCGACAAAAGCUUUGAGCCUAGCUAUAUCUCACCUGUUUUCAUAACACCUACAGUAAUUUUUGUCUCUCUCCAUAUUAUUACAUAACAUGUGUUAGAGAAAGAGAGACGCAGAGACAUGCGGGGAUAGGGGAAGAGUUUACGACCAGUCAGUGGGUGGGCGGAGCUUUGGAUAGCGGGAGAACUCGAAGACACGCCCAUUUAUAGGCACAUUUUUUGAAUGAUUGAAUGUUUUGUGGUUUUUUGGAUGUUAUUUGUGUUGAAUUAAGUAGUUCCGGAGGAAGUUUUCCGUUUUUUUUCGAUUCUAAAUCUGAAAUGACUUUGUCAAUUGAAAUCUUUCUCUUAUUACUUUUUCCUACUUCAAAUUUUAGCACAAAUAUUUCACUAGUUCCUAAGUUUUCCAAAAAAUAAUGUGCAAGUUUUGAAACAGCAAUUUGUUUUUUUCAACUAUUUUUUAAACUCAAUAUUCAAUUUAAUUUGUAAAAAUUUAACUGUUUGAAAUAUUCUACAAUUUCUUAGUUUCAUCUUUUCACCGUUACUACCUUUUUUCUAUAAAAAUAAAUUGUAUGAACAAUUUCCGCAUCCAUCCUAAUACCCAUCCCCAAAAUAAUCCCAACAAUAUCCCGCAGUCUCUUUAUAUCCCCCCCCCCCUUCCUUUACCCGAAAAAUGCACAUUUUUUAUUGCCAUAACUUUUUUCCCGUCACAGGUGUCACUUUUUCUUUCCCCAAAUCCGCAGAAAAUCAAUAUUCAUUCUAUUUUUUGCAGAAAGUAUCGAUGAAUAGCGGAACAAUGAGUGAGAAGCGUUCCGCUUCCACAGUAUUUCUCAACAAAUUUUUGGGUGCUAAAAAAGGCGCCACAUUUGCCGAAGAUGCGAAUUGUAAGCGAAAAAGGCGCCCGGUUAGUGCGGUUUUUUCGUCGGCAAUUCAUCGAUUAUCCAACUCGACAACUUCGAUGACACCUAAAAGAGUGAGUUUUUUCGUGAAGGGGGAUUUUUUUUAAAUAGGGAAAAUGUUCAAAAACUAAAAAUGAGCCAAACUCGGCUGAAUUUGAGAAAAACCACGUGAAAUUUUAAUUUUUAAAUUUAAAUGCAAUACAUUUGAAAUCAUAUUCUGAAGUCUUAAUUUUAUUUUCAAAAAAUUUCGAAACAGUAGAAAUUAUUAGAUGAUUUUUUUAAAAUAACUUGAGUAUGGACCCAAAAUAAAUUUUUUCAAGUUCUGAAAAAUUCACGCAGCAUGUGAGUUUAUCAUUCUAUCAUGAAAUCUUUUCCCAUUGUAGUUUUAAAUCCUAAUAUAAAUAUAGAAAAAUCUUUAGUAGUAUUUUUGAACCAAAAAAUCAUCUAGAAAGAUGCAAAUUUUUCCUCGUAUAAUUUUCCCCGAAAAAGUUGGCUAUUCUUUUUUUUUUUUUGCUCAUAAAACAUAAUAAGAAUAAUUUAUAUAAAUAAUAUUGUGUAUAUACUUGAGUCUAGUUUUUUCUCUUUCUCCAAAUAAACAUGACCAAAGAAUGGUAAUAUUGCGCAAAAACCAUGAGCACAUCGUUACUUUUUCCUUUUCCAUUCCUUUUUUUUUAUUUAUCUAGUUAAGUUGUGCUAAACUCGUUGUUUUUGUGAUGUCAGCAUUCAACAGGUAUUUAGCACAAAAAUUAGAAAAGGUGUGAAAAAUUGGGAAUUUUUGGUGGCCUUUGGGAAGAUGUUUUUGGAUUGUGAUAUGAUUUACAAUAGGAAAAAUGGGAUAGGAAAAAUGUAUUGGAAAUUUGGAAAGGUGGAAUUUUUCGAAAAAAAAAAUCUGAUUAUGUUUAAAAAUUUCAAUAACUUAAAAAGUUAGGAGUUUUGAAAAUUUUAGAUAUCUUCUCAAAGAAAUUUAUCAUCAGAAAUUUUUCUAGGCAAAAAUUACUGAAAUUCAAGAUUUUUUCUUUUAAUUCCUGAAGCCUAAUUUUUCUGGUUCUUGAAUUCCAAUUUGUCAAGAAAAAUAUUUAACUUAAAGUUUUGGUCCUAAAACCUUUUUUCACAAUUUUAACGCAAUCUAUUUUCUAAUUAAUUCCCACCGGAACCAAUUAAAAUAUCAUAUUUUCCUUCCCUUUUCCUCUUUUUUUCCACCAUUUAUUUAUUAUUUUUCGAAUUGCGCAAUAUAUUUCUUCGGAUUCGAACGCUCCAAGAAAUUUGAUUCCGCUUAAAAAUAGAUAAUUAUAUGUUUGGAUCCAGAAAAGGGUCAACCAAUUUAUAAUGUCUGUUUUGUUUUGGGGUGUGUUUUUGUGAGAUGCAAAAAAGGAAGGUGUGAAGAGCCAUUCACAUGCCGUCGGAAACUGCUUUUUUCUUUUUUGAUGCGAGAUUUUUGGGAAGAUUUGUUUAUAUUGCAUUUUUUGUUGUUAACUGUAUUCAAUAGAAAUUAGCUUAAAUUUGUUGCGCAAUACUUUUUACAAGUCUAGACACAUAUACCAAAAUAGUGUAAUUUUUUAUAAUACAGUUUUUUUUCCAGAUGACGACUGUUGAAAUCGCCAGACCAAUAAAACCAUCCACUUCUCCAUCGAUCGGUUCUGAUUUUGAAUCACAUCGAACAACUUCGACUUCAUCUUCAGCUUCAGCUUCUUCUUCAUCUGGAACAAGUUCAACAAGUUCGUUGAUGUAUGAUGAAAAAUUAGGAGAAUGGAUUUAUCCGAUUGAUCAAUCCACCACUCAACAAUUGGAAAAUUGCAAUUAUUUUGUUGGACUUCCAUCGAGGUAAGACAUUUCUUUUUAGAAAUGAGGGAAAGUAGGUACUGUAGGUUUAAAAGGGUGGGAAGAAAGUACUGUAGGCUUCGAGAGUCAUGUGGAGGCCGUCAAGAUUUUCGAAUUCAACUUGAUCGAGUUCCAAAUUAAAAAUUUUCCCCAAAUCCUAAAAACAAACAAUCCAAAAAUUAAUUUUUCUUCAAAUAACUUUGCACCUGUUUUAUGCUCAUCUUCCAGCUGUCAUAACUCAUCCAAUUAGAAGGGCUUCCUUUUCUUAAGUAAUUACUCUCCUCUUUUUUUCCCAGAAUAUUUUGAAUUGCGUGGGAAUUCAAUAAUUAAUUAUUUAUUAUUUUAUAUAAUUAUGUUAAUUUUUGCAGAGAAUGUUUGACUCGAAAUCUUUUGUCACAAGUCGAAGGAGCAUUUGUUAUAAGAUAUUCAGAAUCGAAGAGAAAAUGUUUGGCUUUGUCUAUGAGAGUUCCGAUAACUCAUAAUCCAGCUGGAAUUUCGCAUUAUUUGAUCAUCAGAAAUGAGCAUGGAUAUCGAUUGAAAUUAUCAACAAUAAAUAAGCCGUUUGCAAGUCUUCAAAUGCUUUUAACACAUCAUUCGGUUUUAUCUGGACAUCUUCCUUGUACUUUGGCUUUUGUUCAAUGGGAUAAAAAUGCGUGGAAACAACAACCGACUACAAUUGAGAAAAGAGCACAAAGACAUUCGACUGCUCUUUCGAAAAUUGAUGAAAAUCGAAAUGUUUCAAGAUUCCGGAAUACGACUUGUGCAAUUGAAGAGGCGACAACACCAAGAAGACGAGAUUUGAAUGCUGUUAGAAGAUCGCAAUUUUUCGAAAUUUCUUAA